AUGGAUUCUGAGUCCGCUCAAACUCGGGCUCGUACCCGCCAGCCAGGAGCAAAGUGCGCCAGCAGGGCUUGCGACCAGUGCAGGCUGCGCAAGACGAGGUGCAGCCUCUCGCGGCCAUGUGCAGAGUGCAUACACACCGGACUUGAGUGUACGUUUCUUCAGCCACAGAAGAAGAGAGGGCCGCCCUCGCGACGUGUGGCGCAAAUUCGCCAGCAGCAGCAGGAAGGCCAGGUCGCAAUGUCCCCCAGCCGCAGUACUUCCGCGCUCUCCGGCAUUGCUCCGCCGCUCUCUCUUUUGCCUAACCUUGAGCCACCUCCAGUUAUGGGUUCUGGUACCUCACAUGAAACGCAGAUGCAAGUUCCCAUAGCACAUGUCCACCAGAAUCAAGACUACAAUAGUAGCCUGGUCGGUGACUCGACAACAUCUACCUGGAACGACGCUCCUGAUCUGGAGUACUGGCUCCCGGACAGCUUCAAUACCCAAGGGUCUCCGUCGUUUGGCUUCCCAGGGAGCAGUAUCUUUGUCAAGCAGACACUCCCCCCUAUCAUCGAUGAAAACGUCAACCUCCCUCUGGGCAACACUCCCUCUUUUUUGCCAAGAACUACUCUAACCCCCGACUUGCAGCCAGAGAACCUCAAUGGCGUGCCGCCGCACGGCGACCAUGUCAAUAAUACAUUCCAAAACCAAGAGUUUUGGCCUCCAUACAUCAAUGAAACGAGCCUCAUCCCUUGGUUAGACGUCUACUUUGACCGACUACACGCAACUCUCCCCGUUUUGAACAGAUCGUCUCUCUUCACGAAGCUUGUCCUCCACGAACAUCGACGCAACCCGCAAUUUGGGGCAAUGCUACUAUCACUGUGCGCCUUUUCUCUCACUCAACCCAUCGAUAUCAGCGAGCGGCCCACCUCUUCCUCACGCUCAGACCAGGCAAAGAUCCUCGUGCAAGAAGCAACGAGGAUGCGCUCCUCGUCUGCUGAUUUCGGCGAAAAUCCAACGAUAGACGCUGUUUUGACGAGUUUCUUCCUAUUCGGGUAUCUCUUUGGAAGCGGUCAGCACAACGCAGCAAGACUGCGCUUGAGAGAGGCAGUAGAUCUAGCGUCGACUCUGGGGUUGAAUAAUCCAGCGAGCUACGCUGAUUGCUCCUCGGCUGAGGUCAAGGGGCAGUGGUUACGGACAUACUUGGUUUUAACCGUGACAGAGAGGGCAUAUGCCCUCCAGCGCCAACAUCCUUUAACAUUUACCGGCCCCCGCCCGCACGAAAUUAUCCGCAGUGCAGCUGACGAAAUUAUUAGCUGUACGACGCAGCGCCUCGAUGUCUCAGGGAUAAUUGUGCAUACUGAGAAAGAGGCCGCGGGGAUGCUGGGCCUUUCGUUGCUGAUGGAGAUAUUCGAUGCCAUUGACGAGGAGAUCCUCAUCUGCUGGAACGCACGCUGUAGUGCUUCCAGAAAACAUGGAGAUGGGAAAUGCCAGAUUCUCACGGAAGCAAAAGUGUUGAGUAUAUACCGCAAUCUAUCGAGAGUCGGUAGUGGGGCAGGACGAUAUGGGAGCAACAACAAAAAGAACGAUGAUUAUUUUGAGUUAGAUGGUGGUGAGACGGGUGGCAAUGAUGGCGGGAGAAGAAGAACAACACCACCACCCACAUCUACGUCGCCAGAGCUCAACUCGGUCGAAACAUUCCGCACAUUUCUCUCUGAGACGCAAUGUGCUGACAUCCUGCUCACACGGAAAUGGGUGCAGGACCGGGUAUGGAACCUCUGUUUUACGCAUGGACUGCUACGGCUUGGUCUUGAAACCGAGCAUACUGAGCUCAGACUUACCUAUGCAAUGGAUAAUGCUGCGCGGGCGAUGGAACUGUGUCGGGUGCUGCGGAUAAGUGCCAUCGAGGCGCAUGGGGUUGGGAUUAUCGAAAAGCUAUACAACAUCGCAACCAGCGCACUUCUUCUGGCGAAUACUGGAACUGCAACUCAAACUGAUACAGGGAGCGAAGAAACGUCACUACAAAUGCUCGCAAAGAAUUACCUGAAACUCAUGCAGACACUGCGCGGUGGGAACCAUCCCUACCUUACGCGGUAUAAAGCUCAUCUUACAACUCUUAACUGGGCAUAG